GCCUAUAUAAAUGCUAGUAUGUAGAGUGAGCAAGUCACUAACUCAAUUAGAAUUCUUCAAAAAACUCUAGAAUUUGCAUGCACUGUUCUUCAUACAAUGGCAUUACGCGAGCUUAUUGUGAUGGGGUUAUUGCUGCUGGUUUGUCUUGCAAAGGUUUCAUCUGAUGUUAACAUAGAAAAGGAGCAAGAUGAAGAAUUUCGCUUUCCUGUUGACCAUCUUAUCGUGAGAGGCGGGAACAGAAGGCUAAUGCAGGACAUAGAUUGUGGAGGAUUGUGCAAGACAAGGUGCAGUGCCCAUUCAAGGCCAAAUGUGUGCAACAGGGCUUGUGGCACAUGUUGUGUGAGGUGCAAGUGUGUUCCACCUGGAACUUCCGGCAACAGGGAGCUUUGUGGGACCUGCUAUACUGAUAUGACCACCCAUGGUAACAAGACCAAGUGCCCGUAAAGCCCAUAGAAGGUGAGCCCUAUCCAAUUGGGCCCUUCACACACCAAGCAAAGCUAGCAUAGUUUAGUAAAUAAUAAAUGUGUUAUCUACACUUUUGUAGAUUUGGAUUUGUCAUCUUUAAGAUGUGUUCUAGUUUUUAUCUUUGUUAUAAAGGUAUGGUACAAUAUGAAUCAAGUAUAUAAACUUUGCGCUUAGAUUACUUCAUAUAUGAAAAAGUAUCGAAUUCCUUUUUAAUUUGGGUUA